AUGAAAUAAAUGCGAGAAAUAGAUUUUGUAAUAUAGUUUAUUCAAUUAAAUAAAGAAAACCAGAAAGAUGCUUGAUAAUGAUCUUAGAUUCAAUAACAGUUAAAAUUUUAAGUUCAAUUAUGAAACUCAAAGAUCUAAUAGACAUGGGAGUAUCAACUAUUGAAAAAUUAGAAUUGUAACGUAAACCAUAAUCUAAGCAUGAUGCAUUCUAUUUCAUAACGCCUUUAGAUGAUUUAGUAAAUAGGUUAAUAGAUGAUUUUAAAGUUUUAAUUAAUAUAUAGAAAAAUUAAUGUAAUAUUUUCUUACAAUUUACCUUAAAGAUUAUUGAAAUAGAUAUGCAAAUAAAAUUUAGCUAAUCGUAUUUUAUAGAUUAAAGAAUUUAAUCAUCAUCUUUACUUUCUUGAUGAUAAUGCUUUCCAUUUUGAAAUUCUACAAAUAUAUAUUGAUGAUUAAAUGUAACUGAUUUAAUUAUUUUUACCUUCAUUGCGACCUUUUUAAUCUAUAAAAUUGUCUACAAUAAAAAAUAAUUAAUUUUCAUAAUUGUUUGCUAAUUGUCUUCCACGAUUAUUAGAUAGUUGGGAUAGAACCGAUUAAAUGGUUAAAGAUGAAGGUGGAGAAUUACAUUUCUUAAUAUUAGAUCGUACAUUUAAAAUAAUGAUAAAAUUAGAUUAGUUUUAAUAAUUUUACUUACUGUAUAGAUGCCAUAAUAUGAACGUAAAUAGAUUCUUAAUAAAAUUACAGAUAUGA